AUGUUUAAAAGUGCUCAAACCCAGCUAACUGUUCAGCCAAGGCAGCAACCGAAUGGAGAGGUAUGGCAACCACCACCAUCAGAAGCGUACAAACUCAACUUUGAUGCAGCAUUAUUUUCAGACUUAGGCAGAAUAGGAAUUGGAGCAGUUAUUCGAAAUGAAAAGGGAGAGGUAAUGGCUGCUAUGACUGCUUGUGGAUCGGCUAUAUAUACCAGUGAAGAAGCAGAGUUACUCGCUUGCCGGAGAGCCUUAGAAUUUGCUGUGGAUGCAGGUUUUUAUAAGUUGAUCAUUGAAGGUGAUAACAGUAAUGUUACUCACGUUAUUUCUUCUUCUGCAGAAAAUAAUUCGCUUUUUGGUAACAUUGUGGAUGAUAUUCGCCAUUUGAUAAGGGGAUUGCAUUGGUCUGCUGUUUGUUGUAUUAGGAGGGGUGAGAAUAGGGUAGCACAUGCCUUGGCUCAACAUGCUAGAUUUUCACUGGAUGAGGAUUUGUACUGGAUGGAGGAUUCUCCCCCACCCGCCAUGGAUGCUUUGUAUCAUGAUAUAUUAUCCAUUUAA